GCUGCUUGUGUCUCUGUGGGAAAGUUUCUGUCUCCGUCCCCCGCUUCGUCUCGUCUUCUUCUCCUGUGCCGGACAACCAUGGCGGAAUCCCAGGAGGACAAGCUGUACCGGGCCGAGUACGCCAAGAGCGGCCGGGCGUCGUGCAAGAAAUGCAAAGAGAACAUCGCGAAGGACUCGCUGCGGAUGGCCAUCAUGGUGCAGUCCCCCAUGUUUGAUGGGAAGGUUCCCCACUGGCACCACUUCUCCUGCUUCUGGCUGCGAGCAGCAGCUCAGUCCCCUGCUGACAUCGGCGGGUACUCUGACCUCCGCUGGGACGACCAGGAGAAGGUCAAGAAGGCCAUCGAAACCGGUGGAGCGACAGGAGGAAAAGGGGAGCAGAAGAGUGGAGCUAAAGGGGAGAAGACACUGAAUGACUUUGCGGUGGAGUAUGCCAAGUCGAACCGCAGCAAAUGCAAAGGCUGUGAGGAGAAAAUAGAAAAGGAUCAGAUCCGUGUGUCCAAGAAGACAGUGGACGCAGAGAAGCCUCAGCUGGGUCUGAUCGACCGCUGGUACCACACAGCGUGUUUCGUGAGCCGCAGGGAGGAGCUGGUCUUCAAACCUGAAUACAGUGCUGCCCAGCUGAAGGGCUUCAACGCACUGCGGGCUGAAGACAAGGAAGAGCUCAAGAAGAGGCUUCCUGCUGUGAAAUCUGAAGGGAAGCGUAAAGCUGAUGAGGUGGAUGGAGCGUCGAAGAAACAGAAGAAGGAGGAAGAGGAUGAGAUAAAAAAGCUGGAGGAGCAAUUGAAGAACCAGAGCCAGCUGGUCUGGGGACUCAAGGACAAGCUGAGGAAAUUUUGUUCCAUCAACGAUAUGAAAGAGCUGCUGAUUGCAAACCGACAGGAGGUUCCCUCUGGAGAGACCAAUGUGGUCGACUGCCUGGCUGAUGGUAUGGCCUUUGGCGCUCUCGAGGCCUGUAAGGAGUGCAAGGGCCAGCUGGUGUUCAAGGGUGAUGCUUAUUACUGUUCAGGGGACAUUUCAGCUUGGACAAAGUGUGUGUACAAAACGGCAACACCCGAACGCAAGGACUGGGUCGUCCCCAAGGAAUUCAAUGAGGUCCCUUUCCUUAAAAAGUUCAAGUUCAAGCGACAGGACAGGCUCUACCCCAAGCAGGCUCCCAGCCCAACCGUGGCAGCAGCCAAAGCCAAACCUCUGGCGAGUGCGUCCAGUGCCCCGACCGAGCAACUGCCAGAGGGAGCACCUUCAGGCAAACCUCUGACGGGCAUGAAGCUGUUGGGGGUGGGUAAGCUGAGCAAGAACAAGGACGAUUUGAAGGCUGCUGUGGAGGAGCUGGGUGGAAAGAUCACCAGCACAGGCAGUAAGGCCUCGCUCUGCAUCAGCACCAAGAAGGAGGUGGAGAAGAUGACCAAGAAAAUGGAGGAAAUUAGGGACGCUGGCGUGCGUGUUGUCUCUGAGGAUUUCCUCACAGACAUCGGGUCUUCGGGUAAAGCUCUUCAGGAACUGGUCGCCCUGCACGCCAUCUCUCCGUGGGGCGCUGAGGUCAAAGUCGAGGUUCCGGCUCCCUCCGCGGCCUCCAAGUCUGGAGCGCUGGCUAUGAAGAGCACAGGGAAAGUGAAGGAGGAGGAAGUCGGUAGCAAAGCCAAGAAGAUGAAGCUCACAGUUAAAGGAGGAGCUGCUGUGGAUCCAGAUUCAGGUCUUGAGAACAGCGCUCAUGUCCUGGAGCAAAGCGGGAAGAUGUACAGUGCCACACUGGGUCUCGUGGACAUUGUCAGAGGGACUAAUUCCUACUAUAAACUGCAGCUGCUGGAGGAUGAUGUACAGAAAAGGUACUGGGUAUUCAGGUCCUGGGGCAGAGUGGGUACAACCAUCGGAGGAAACAAGCUGGACAAGUUUCAUGAUAAGAACUCGGCAAUGGACAACUUCUUGAUUGUGUACAAGGAGAAGACGGGCAACACCUGGAGCUGCUCCAACUUCACCAAAUAUCCCAAUAAAUUCUACCCGCUGGAGAUCGACUAUGGACAGGAUGAGGAGGCAGUGAAGAGGCUGACGGCCAGCGCUGGCACCAAGUCCAAGCUCGAAAAACCCGUGCAGGAGCUGAUCAAGAUGAUCUUUGAUGUGGAGAGCAUGAAGAAGGCUAUGGUGGAGUUCGAGAUUGACCUCCAGAAGAUGCCCCUUGGAAAGCUGAGUAAGAGACAGAUCCAGAGCGCGUACGCUCUGCUCACUGACGUCCAGCAGGCUGUGUCCGAUAGUCUGCCAGAGUCGCAGAUACUGGAUCUCUCCAAUCGCUUUUACACCCUGAUACCUCACGACUUUGGCAUGAAGAAACCUCCAUUGCUCAGUAACCUGGACUAUAUUCAAGCUAAAGUUCAGAUGUUGGACAACCUGUUGGAUAUUGAAGUGGCGUACAGUCUGCUCAGAGGAGGAGCCCAGGAUAAUGAGAGCGAUCCCAUCGACAUCAACUAUGAGAAACUCAAAACCAAGAUUGAGGUUGUUGACAAGACCACAAGGGAAGCUGAGAUCAUUACGGAAUAUGUUAAAAACACCCACGCUGCCACACACAACACAUACACUCUGGAAGUGCAAGAAAUCUUUAAAAUUGUCCGUGAAGGCGAGCGCCAGAGGUACCGGCCCUUCGAAGAGCUACACAAUCGCCAGCUACUGUGGCACGGUUCUCGUGCCACUAACUACGCUGGCAUCUUGUCUCAGGGUCUUCGUAUCGCCCCCCCAGAGGCCCCAGUGACUGGUUACAUGUUUGGCAAAGGUGUGUACUUUGCGGAUAUGGUGUCCAAGAGUGCAAACUACUGUCACACCUCCCAGUCAGAUCCUGCCGGUCUCCUUCUGCUGGCUGAGGUUGCCCUUGGCAACAUGCAUGAACUGAAGAAGGCCUCCCACGUUACUAAAGUACCUAAGGGCAAACACAGUGUUAAAGGUUUGGGUAGAACUGCUCCUGAUCCAAGUGCUUCUGUCACUUUGGACGGGGUGCAAGUGCCUCUGGGAAAAGGAUGCCACACUAACAUUGACGACACAAGUUUACUUUACAACGAGUACAUUGUGUAUGACGUAGCGCAGGUAAAUAUGAAGUAUCUCCUGAAGAUCAAGUUUAACUACCAGACGUCCCUGUGGUGAGAGGAGCUGUGUCCGAACCUCCUCCAGUAAAAAAACAAAGACCGCAGCUGCCUCCAAACGCCCGGGCUUCAUUCUCCGCAACAGAAGAUGUUUGGUAAAGGAGUGACGCCACACUACCCUUUACAAUGGUCAUCGGAAAUCUCUAGUCACUUUAUUUCCCUUUUAUCAGGUUUACUAGCCGGCAGACUUCCUUAGUUUUUUUAUUAGGUACUUAAAUACCUAAUUCUGACUCAUAAGACUGCAGAUCACAGCUCAGCCCAGUAGCUGAAGCUUGGUGCGUACUAGAUAGAAAGAUUUUGGUUUAGAGAUGAAUGUCAGAGAUGUUAGUUUUCUGUCUCACGUGAUUAUCUUGAAUAAGAGAUGGGUCUUAUUUCUUCAUUCUUUUAAAACUGUAGGCGUAUUACUGCAAAAAUGAAUAGCUCUGGUCCAGUCAGACGCAUAAACCACGGUUUGUAUGAUGCAAAGGUUCCUCUGUUAAAACAGCCACUGAGACAAACGUUUUGUAUACUGUUGGUCUCAAAGAUACUGGACAAAGUUUGACCUGUAUUAUAUAUAUGUGUGUGUUUUGUUGUCUCACAAGCCGUCUUCCUUGCUGAACGUUAAAAAAUAAACAGCUUAGCUCAUGUUUAUGUAAAGUAUUCUGUGAAAGAAAGAACUGCCGCCAUAUGUGCUACACUUUUUCCUAGAGAUUUUUUUCAUGCUUAUCUCAAACAAAAUAAAACAUUUGAGAGAAAAUGUC